CCACUUCCCAUGCUUUGAGACUGUCCCUCUGUUAACCAUAACCCCCCUCACCCCGACUCUCAGCUUGUGCAAUUUUCAGUAAACAGCUUGGGCAUUGGAGUAGCUUCCCCAAACUUGCUUACAUUUGGAGACCUUUCGAACUCGACAUUUUGGCACAGCAAACCAGCACGCACCCCCCUUCGACUUAUUGUUGAUGUACUGCCGACCAUGGCCACCAACGGUCUUUUGAGCUCAGAUGAUGAGCUGUUUUUUGAUCCCAUGCCGACAGAAGAACCCACGACCUAUGAGUUUCAGUCCGAACUGUCAGACGAUGAGGAUCCAGAUCCGAUUGCGGUCGACGAGAUUACCCAGCCUGUUGCGCCUUCGGUACCGUCACAUUUGAUGCCUGCGAUGCCUCGUGCGAAUAUAGACAACUUUUUGCCCGACGACUCCAUACAGUAUGAGGAACCACCGGUAACGAAUGGGCAUGGCUAUGACGGACAUCGAAGCGAUAGAGACGACUCGGCCGGUCCAGUCACAAGAAUCGUCGACAUUGAAGUAGCGUUACCGGAGAUGUCGGAGGAAAAGAAGGCCGAGUUUGAGUACAUUGAGGUGCCAGAGAUGAAGCCAGAAACUGAGGGCUACAUGACAAGGAGGACACGCAAUGGGGUAAGGGGUUGUGCUGGGUGAUUUGCUGUUUGUAUCUGCUGUGGUGGGAGAUAUGAUGAGCAAGGCUCAAGGAUGCAAGUGUGUCAACAUCAUGGGAGUUGUGUUGCUGUGUUAGGUUGUGGCGUUUGUUUAAGGGGCUGUAGUUGGCAACUCUUCCAAGUGGUUGAGUGGAAGCUGGACGACAACCACAAGGGCCUCAGGGGUCGGGGGGUGGGUGGGGUUGCCAUCAAAGUAUCAAGUCCCAACAUGGAGAGCAAGUUGAUCUGUCGGGAUGUAAUGAAAUCCCGGGCUCCAGAUCCAAACUCUUUUGGGUUUGUCUUUAGUAUGGAGCCAGGGGUUUUUGAGGAGCUUGAAUUGUGCGGUCUUGGUGCCUACAGUAUCGCUAGCCUCGCUGUUCUGGCUUCAAACAUGGUCAGCAUCCUCUUCCUAGCCCGCAUGACGACCUCCAGUUUUUGGCAUCUCCCAAGCCGAAGACUUGUCUGGCUUCUUUUCUGCCUUCACCCAUCGCUCCUUCUCCACCUAAGGAUUUUGACUGGGUCACACAACUACUGUCAAUGACCUCCCCCUAUUGAUCACAAUAUUGCUCCUUCCCAACACACCUUCGUCUGAACCCUUAGCGCCUUUUCAUUAUUUGCAGGUCACACGGUUUUGUUAUCCAUCUAUUUCUCCGUUUGGUUUGAUUCGCCGUUUUCCUCUUUCCGAGAACCUCAACUUUCUCGCUGCUGCUCGCCUCCCAAGCUUCUGAAAACGCCCAUUCUCGCCGGUUUGUUCCUUCCAAUGGGGUCUUCCAGUCACUCCGACGGCGAGUAUACUCCGCCUUUCGACGACAAGAAUAGCGGGGAUGACGGGGCUCUGCUCAGCCUGACUGCCGAGGCCAGCAACGGCAGGCAGUUGUCACCUGACGACUACUAUAUUGACGAGGUUGAGUAUAUUGACCCAGAGGAAGCCGACUGGAAUAUUCAAUCAGGCAACAACCUGCCAACCAGCGACUUCGACCGCGACUAUUUGAACAAUUUUCACCCUGCCUACCUGGAUGAGCACCAGCCAGAGCACAGAAAUUUCGUUCAGUCACAGCAGAUGAUCAUGGAUCGCGUCAACCAGGAAUCCGACCAUGCCUACGAAGGCGAUAGCGACUAUGCCUCUGAUCACGCCUCUGAGUAUAAGGACAGUGACUACGACUCUGACCCCAUGGAUAUUGACCAGAUUGACAGCGACGACGGCAGUGACUCUGACUAUUAUGAUGACUCCAGAAAGCGCAAGAGAGAUUAUAACGAUAACUACUCUGGUGCCGUUGACGAUUUCGACGAGGCCUCUGACGACGACAUCCCCCGCACCCGAGGUGCCCCCACCAAGCUUCCGCCUGUCAACUUUGGCAGAUCUCUGCGCAAGCGUGCUGAAGUCACCAAUUACUAUGGCAGUCAAGAUGAGUUGCAGGAGGAUGAUGAGGAUUCAUUCAUUGUCACCUCUGAUAUUGUGCGACCCGGCCGAAAGAAGUUGAAGCGCUUGUCUUCGAGGCUUUCUGCCAGGACCACACAGAAGACCACGUCUGUCUCUGCCUCUGCGGGUGACUCUGACAUAGAAUUUGAGAGCAGCCGCCGCCGUUCAUCCCGUGCCAACAAGAACACCAGAAAGAUGGUCGACCAGUACGCCGAGGACGACGAUGACGAGGAUGAUGAAGCCUUUUACAUCUCGGACAACAAACCUGCUGCUGGCCCCAAAGUCGCCAGCGUGAAGGAGAUCUUCCAGGGCAACAUUCCCACCGACUUCAAGGAAGCUCACAGGUUGACCUGCGACAGUUGUGGCUAUCCUGAUGACCGCAACAAGGGAACCUUUGUCUUUUGUCAAGGCUGCUCCAAUGUCUAUCACAAAGUCUGUCUGGGCAACCGCAGCAGCCGUGAGCAGCGUGUGACCAAGGUUGGGCCAGAUUCCUUCGUCAUGCAGUGCCGCUUUUGCAUCGAUGUUUACAAGAAGCGAGACCCGCGGGCACCCAGCCACGGCACAUGCCAAACUUGCCAUGUCAGAGGCCCAUCAUGCAUCCCUUUCUCCGAAAAGAAAACACCCAAGCAAGAGGAGAAGUUGCGCAUCGAUAAUGGCGGUGUUGAUCCCAUCACGGAGGUCAAUCCCAAGCUUAUCAACAACCACAACAACGUCCUCUUUCGCUGUGCCAGGUGCCAUCGAGGCUGGCACUAUGAACAUCUCCCCCAUCCCAACCCGACUCGAGACCCGUCUUGGUCAGAGCCUCUCAAUCUACACAAGCUCAGGUUGGAAGAGUACCAGAUCGAUUGGAUGUGCAAGGACUGUCGUGACACAGAUGGGCUCAAGCCUGACAAGAUUGUGGCCUGGCGCCCAGCUGAUCGCAAGAGCUACAUCGAAGGUCAGACUAUCGCAGACUUCGACGAGGAUCAAAUCGAGUACCUGAUCAAGUGGGAGCGCCAGUCUUACAACCAUUGCCAGUGGUUCCCUGGCGCCUGGGUCUAUGGUAUCGUCAAACACAACAUGCGUGUCUCCUUCCUCAAGAGGACAUUUGGAGAGGGGCUUGAGGGAGGUCCUGACAGCGAGAUCAAGGCAGAUUCUCUGCUCAGAUGGACCGAAAAGGAGGCCAUCUAUAAUGUCUGGGUCACACCUGAUAUCAUUCUCGAUGUCCACGUCGCUCCGCGAACCGUCGAGGCUGAAGCAAAGUACAAGGCUCGGUCUCGCGAGGACAAGUUCCAGGAGGACUUGAGCCGGAUCUUCCACGUGGUCAAAAUCCUUGUGAAGUUUGAGGGCCUUGGGUACGAGGAUGUUGUUUGGGACACCCCUCCGGACUCGUCAGACGGUGCUCUCUGGGAGGCGUAUCAAGAGGCGUACCGGGAGUACCUCAAUGGCAAGCACUUCAAACCAGAGUCCAACCGUGUCAUGCGAGAGCGCCUCCAAGAAUUCCACCAACUCGAUUUCGUCAAAGAUAUCGAACUCAAGAAGCAGCCCGAGGGCCUCAAGCGCGGCCAGCUUAUGGAAUAUCAGAUCAAUGGCGUCAACUGGAUGCUUCACAACUUCCGUCAUGACAGGAGUGUCAUUCUUGCCGAUGAGAUGGGUCUGGGCAAGACAGUUCAAAUCGUGGCACUGCUCUACACUCUCAUCAUGACCAAGCCUCGCAUCUGGCCGUUUCUUGUUGUGGUGCCAAAUGCGACCUGCGCCAACUGGCGACGUGAGAUCAAGAAAUGGGCUCCUGACCUUCGAGUUGUUGCAUACUAUGGCGGACGAGUGUCUCAACAGGCCGCAAAGGAGUACGAGCUGUUUCCAGGCAAUACUCGCGACAUGAAGGCACACGUUGUCAUCAUGUCCUACGACUCGGUCAAGGACAGUGAAACGCGAUCCCGGUUCAGCAGUGUGAAGUGGGCUGGUCUAAUUGUCGACGAAGCUCAGGCUCUCAAGAAUGACGAGAAUUCGCUGUACAAGGCCUUGAACAUGCUCAAUAUCCCGUUCAAGGUUCUUCUGACAGGAACGCCAUUGCAAAACAACAAGAGGGAGUUAUUCAACCUCCUUCAGUUCAUCGACCCCAGUAUGAAGGCCGAGCAGCUUGACCAAGAGUACGACCAGAUCACCUCGGAAAACCUCAGGCAUCUUCAUGAUCUGAUACGGCCGUAUUUCUUGCGCCGCACAAAGGCCGAGGUGCUCAACUUCCUGCCGACGAUGGCUCAGAUCAUUGUCCCUGUUUCGAUGUCGGUCUUGCAAGAGAGGCUCUGCAAGUCGAUCAUGGAGAAGAACCCUCAGCUCAUUCGAUCCAUCUUUGCUCAGGGCAAACUGAAGGCCAACGAGCGUGGGUCGCUGAGCAACAUCCUCAUGCAACUGCGCAAGUGUCUCUGCCAUCCUUUCAUCUACAGCCAGGCAAUCGAAGAUCGCAACCUGUCUCCCGAGCUCACUCGCCGGAACUUGAUUGAGGCCUCUUCCAAGCUGAUGCUCUUGGAGAUUAUGCUGCCCAAGUUGAAAGAGCGCGGCCACCGCGUCCUCAUCUUCAGUCAGUUCCUUGACCAGCUGACGGUCCUUGAGGACUUUCUGAUGAGUUUGAACCUCAGGCACGAGCGUUUGGACGGCAGUCAGUCUAGUUUGGAGAAGCAGAAGAAGAUCGACGCAUACAACGCUCCAGAUUCAGACAUCUUCUGCAUGUUGUUGUCGACGCGCGCUGGUGGUGUUGGUAUCAACUUGGCGACGGCCGACACCGUCAUCAUCCUCGACCCCGACUGGAACCCUCACCAAGAUAUCCAGGCUCUUUCACGCGCCCAUCGUAUCGGACAGCGUAAGAAGGUCUUGUGCUUCCAGCUCGUCACUGUUGACUCGGCCGAGGAGAAGAUUCUUCAGAUCGGUCGCAAGAAAAUGGCGCUCGAUCAUCUGCUCAUCGAGACCAUGGACAAUCAGGACGACGCCCCCAAUGACGUCGAGUCGGUCUUGAAGCACGGCGCUGAAGCUCUCUUUGGCGAAAAGAAGAAGGAUGCCAUCAAAUACGAUUCGGCUGCUGUUGACAAGCUUUUAGAUCGAUCCAUGCAGGAGGAAACCAAGACCGACGAUAAGAAAUCGGCCGAGUCUGCAUUUGCCCACGCCCGAGUGUGGGCCAACGAUGGUCUUGCUGACGAGAUGAAGGAGACCGAACAGCAGGAGAUGUCGCUCAGUGUCUGGGACCAAAUUCUCAAGCAGCGUGAAGAGGAGGCUCGUCGUAAGGCCGAGAAAGCUAGGGAAACUCUCGGCCGCGGUGGACGCCGUCGUGGGAAUGCCAACUACGCAGGUCCCCAGUUCGAGUUUGACGAGGGAGAGAAGCCAGACAGUGAUCAAGGCGAAGGUGAUCAUGACUUCAUCGCUAAAAGCGAUGGUGGUGAUACAAGCGACGAGGAAGUCGGCACUCCAGCCACUGGGCUAUCAGCACACUUGCGCAAGUCAGACAACGAAAGCGGCCAGGCCCAGACCCAAAGCAACGCCCAAGCCCAAGGGAAAGCAGCAGCAGCAGGAGCAGCAGCUUCCCUCGCCCCCCAAAACGGCCACGCCAAAGGCGCCGUCAAUGGUGAUAAAGUUAAACGUUCCCAAGUCGAAGUCGCCAUCUUCACGGCCCAAGGCCCAGGCGCCCAACAACAAAACGGCGGUGGCGCCAGCAACAGUCGCCCAGUUAGCACAGACGUCCGGUUUAAUGUCCCUGACAAUGCUGCGUCCCAAAAUCAAAGACGGCAGCAGCAGCAGCAGCAGCUCGGAGCUGUCGGAGAUGUCGGGGGAGCCCCAGUAACUCACCACCAGGCAGGUGCAAGCAUGACAGCCUCUCAAAGGGCGGGGAUUGACUUGUUGAACUCGAUUGCGAUGAGGCCUGCUGGGCAGUCUGGAGGUGGUGGGGGUGGGGGGGUGAUGGUUAACCAGAUUGGUGUGCCGACGGUUCCGAGCUCGACGUCGUCGUCGGUGGCGGCGGCGGCGGUGGUGCUGCCAAAGGCGGAGCAGUGCGUUGUUUGCAAGUAUAGUCACCCGUGGAGCUGGGAGUGCCCUGAGAUGAGGAGCAUGAGGAAUUUGAGGGUGGCGUUGGAUGAGCUGAAGCGGGAUGGGAGGUUGACGGAGGAGGAGAGGAGUGGGUGGAGGGGGUUUUUGGUGGAGAAGUUGAGGUUGUUGAGGGGGUGAUCUUGGGGCUUGCUCAUAAUUUUUGAGGAUUGUUGUGUGUUGUUUUCUUUUUGGAAGGGGAGUGCUAGUCAGACGGGGAGACAAAAUGGUGAUGGGGAGGGGCUGGCUGGUGAUUCAUUGCGAAAGAGAGGGGGUGCUCUGGCAGGAUCUCUAAGCUCUUUUCAUUCAGAAGAGAGGGAUUAUCUUCUUUUUAAUACUCUGUGGUUGAGUUUUCUAUUGCAUAGCGCGAUAUACCCUGGGGUUUUUUCCGGUGCAUUGAGGCAUUCGGAUGGAGGUGGGGAGGCGUCGGGGGUUUGCUUCUGCGCGCCACGCAGCAUCAUACAGAGAGAUUUUUUAUUUACAAAGACGGGGAUUGCGUUUGUG